UCUGCCAAAACAAAAUGGUGGCUUCUAAACAUGCAAGUGUGGAGCUCGAACCGAAAUUGGAAGUUUACUUGUAAUCAAAGUCGAAAUGAAAUUAAAUGAAACUACGUGUUAAUUUGCCAGGAGGACUGUUUUGCCCGUGACUAAUGUAGUACCCUCCUAGAACACUCAACACAGAGAGCAUUCGCACAGGUCAAAUCCUCUGCCUUGCCGACUCCUCAUAGCUCAAAGCCUCACUUGGCCAUGGAGUUAGCAAAAGAGCUGCGAGAGAUUCAGACGCUAGUGGGCCAUACUGAUAGGGUCUGGAGCCUCGCCUGGAAUCCGGCCACCGGUGUCGCCGGAAUUCCCCUUUCCUUCGCUUCCUGCAGCGGCGAUAAGACCGUUCGUAUUUGGGAACAAAACUCAUCCACUUCUUCUUGGGAUUGUAAGGCAGUUCUGGAUGAAACGCACACCAGAACCGUCCGAUCGUGCGCUUGGUCGCCAUCUGGGAAGUUAUUGGCCACUGCAAGCUUCGAUGCCACCACUGCAAUUUGGGAAAAUGUUGGAGGCGAUUACGAAUGUGUUGCCAGUCUAGAGGGUCAUGAAAACGAAGUGAAAAGUGUGUGUUGGAAUGCAUCUGGGUCUAUGCUUACGACUUGCGGGCGGGAUAAAACUGUAUGGGUAUGGGAAGCACUGCCCGGGAAUGAGUUCGACUGUGUUUCAGUGUUGCAAGGCCAUACACAGGAUGUGAAGAUGGUCCAGUGGCAUCCCACUAGGAAUCUUAUAUUUUCUUGUAGCUACGAUAACACUGUCAAGAUAUGGGCGGAUGAUGGUGACGAUGAUGAUUGGGCUUGUGUUCAAACAUUAGGAGAAGCUAACAAUGGUCACUCUUCUACCGUCUGGGCUCUAUCGUUUAAUGCCAGUGGAGACAAAAUGGUUACCUGCAGUGAUGAUCUUACUUUAAAGAUAUGGGGAUCAGACGAUGCAAAGAUGUCUGCUGAUGGCUUUGCACCUUGGCGACAUCUUUGCACUCUUUCAGGUUAUCAUGACCGGACAAUAUUUUCAGUUCAUUGGUCAAGGGACAAUAUCAUAGCCAGUGGAGCUGCUGAUGAUGCCAUAAAAUUUUUUGUGGAGAACAAUGAUCAAGAUGGUUUGGUUGAUGGACCUUCUUAUAAAUUGCUUUUGAGGAAGGAGAAUGCCCAUGACAUGGAUAUCAAUUCUGUGCAAUGGAGCCCUGGGGAGGACCGGGUUCUUGCUUCUGCAUCCGAUGACGGGACGAUUAAAAUAUGGGAGCUGACAUCUGAAUAGCUGUCGAAAGAAACCCUUUGCUGCUAAAACACUUGUGUAAUAGCAAACGUGUUAUAUAUUUCUUUUAUCCUGUUGUUAAUUUUUGGAAAAACAAAGACAUGAAAGAUUGUAUGGUUAGUGAAAUAUGGCCUUUUUAUUUAUUUUA